UCUGCCUCUGGGUUCCUCGAAAGCCCAGCGGGCGGGUGGGGACCCUGGAGGAUCCCUGCCCCGCUGAUCCCUGCUAGCCCGGACUCAGGAAAGGCAGGAGGGGACAGAUGCAUCUGAGGAGGCUGCCACAGCCGCAUUGGGAGAGCCAAGUAUGGACCUGCUAUUCCUGUCUCCUGUUUUUCGGGCUCCAGCCUCUCCUCCUGCUUUGCCUUGGAAAGCCCUGGUCUUCCCUUGGUCUUCUCCAAGGCUCCCUAUGGCUCACAACUCCCCACAUUUCUUACUUACCCUGCCUCUUCCGAGGCUGGCUUAUUGUCUCCUUCUUCCUUCUACUCUCCUGAUGGUUAGGCCCCGGAGGUAAGAGGGAGGCUGGAGGUGGGGGUCUAGGUAUUAGUACCUGGAACUAGAUGUCUAGCCAGAGGAUGCUGGGGGCGGCGGAAUUAUAUCCAUGGACAAUAAGGCUAGGGGUUCCAAAACCUUGGGAGUCUAAGAUAGAAAGGGAGGAUGUGGGUGUCAGAUCUCUUCUUGACCCCAUAAUUCUUGGUUUGGCCUGCAGUGACUACUGCUCCCCAGGAGCUCCCUGCUCCUCCUUCCCAGGCAGGAAGCGGAGCCGGACCUGCCUCUGGAAGGGCCAUGCGCAGCACCACACUCCUGGCCCUGUUGGCACUGGUGCUGCUUUACUUGGUAUCCGGGGCUCUAGUGUUCCAGGCUCUAGAGCAGCCUUAUGAGCAGCAGGUUCAGAAGAAGCUGGAGGAUGGCCGAGACAAGUUUCUGAAGGACUAUCCAUGUGUGAGCCAAGAGAACCUGACGAAAUUCAUCAAGCUCGUGGCUGAAGCCCUGGGAGGGGGUGCAAAUCCAGACACCAGUUGGACCAAUAGCAGCAACCACUCAUCAGCUUGGAACCUGGGCAGCGCCUUCUUUUUCUCGGGCACCAUCAUCACUACCAUCGGCUAUGGCAAUACAGCCUUACAGACAGACGCCGGGCGUCUCUUUUGUAUCUUCUAUGCACUGGUGGGGAUCCCGCUGUUCGGGAUGCUGCUGGCGGGGGUCGGGGACCGGCUGGGCUCCUCUCUGCGCCGGGGCAUCGGUCACAUCGAAGCAAUCUUCUUGAAGUGGCACGUGCCACCCGGGCUGGUGAGAAUGCUGUCUGCGGUGCUCUUUCUGCUGAUUGGCUGCCUGCUCUUUGUCCUAACUCCUACCUUCGUGUUCUCCUAUAUGGAGAGCUGGAGCAAGCUGGAAGCCAUCUACUUUGUCAUAGUGACACUCACCACCGUGGGCUUUGGCGAUUAUGUGCCCGGCACUGACCCCGGGCAGAACUCAGCCUACCAACCUCUGGCGUGGUUCUGGAUCUUGUUUGGCCUAGCCUACUUCGCCUCGGUGCUCACCACCAUCGGCAACUGGUUGCGAGCGGUGUCUCGCCGCACACGGGCGGAGAUGGGUGGCCUCACGGCGCAGGCUGCUAGCUGGACCGGCACAGUGACAGCACGAGUGACCCAGAGAGCCGGGCCCAGCGCCCCGCCACCAGAGAAGGAGCAACCGCUCCUGCCCUCUUCCCUGCCAGCGCCACCUGGUGCUGCUGAGCCAGCCUGCAGGCCGGGAUCCCCUGUGCCCCCAAAGAAGGCUGAGACACCUUCCCCGCCCACGCCCACGGCCUCGGCUCUGGAUUACCCCAGUGAGAACCUGGCCUUCAUCGACGAGUCCUCAGACACGCAGAGUGAACGUGGCUGCUCCCUGCCUCGAGCGCCUCGGGGUCGCCGCCGUCCCAAUCCCCCCAAGAAGCCCUCGAGACCCCGGGGUCCUGCGCGUCUCCGAGACAAAGCUGUGCCUGUGUAGGGGCCGGAUCCCUGGCCCGGGACCCCCGGCCAGGGGCUCCGUUCCUGCUGAUGCCCAGGCAUGUUUGGCUUAUUUGACCAAAGAGCCCUCUUUUGUUCAACGCGAUUGUAACCCUGGGAGGAGUUCAAGGGUUGCCAAAUGGCCCCGCUCUUCCCUGGCUGGUUCCUCACGCCCAACCAUUUCCAAAUUCCACUAUCCAAAGCUUUCUGUCUCGCUGUCCUGGCCCGGCUUGUCCCUCACACCUCACGACUGUGCCUCAAAACCUGCAUCAAUAAACAAAAAGUCUGCACCACCGAGUGAGUGCUCCUGAGA